GGAAGGAGUUCCUACAACGGCGUGAAUUUAGCACGAGCCCGGACUGAUUGAGGUACACCAGUGAAUGCUGAAUGGAGAGAUGCUGCUUGUCACCCAUGCACAGAAUUAAGGCACCUGGAGUGGAGCUGAGAAGAUGUGGAUCCCCUCUUAGAAGGCUGAUGAAAUGAAUCAGAUCUUUGGAUCAUAUUUAAAAAGUCUGAUUUUGUAAUGUUUCAUUGGGAGAUGGUUGGUUAUUAGAACUGAAAGGUUUCCAGCCUAUUGGAUCUGUUUUCAACAUUUUUAAUAACACCAGUGUGUGUUAUUGGCUGCUGGAUCUUGGAUUUCUUUUCUGCUCAGUUUUCUUUAAUUAUUAUUAUUAAAUAUUAUAUAUAUUUAUUCAUCAUCUCAUUGGUGCAAUCAUGGGAGCAACUGGUUAUGGAUAUUAUCGCACUGUUAUAUUCAUCUCAAUGUUUGUGGGAUACAUGCUGUAUUACUUCAACCGGAAGACUUUCUCCUUUCUGAUGCCAUCAGUCAUGGAUGAAAUUGACCUGGAUAAAGAAGAGCUUGGUCUGAUCACCAGCAGUCAGACUCUGGCCUACGCUAUCAGUAAGUUUAUCAGCGGAGUGCUUUCGGAUCAAAUUAGUGCUCGCUGGCUCUUCUCCAUUGGGCUUUGCAUCGUGGGCAUCAUAAACAUCUUCUUUUCCUGGUCGACUACUGUCAUAAUGUUUACCAUUCUUUGGUUCAUGAAUGGGUUCGGUCAGGGUUUCGGCUGGCCACCAUGUGGAAAAGUGCUUCGGAAGUGGUUUGAACCGUCUCAGUUUGGGACAUGGUGGGCCAUCCUGUGCUGCAGUAUGAACCUGGCAGGUAGUUUGGGACCCAUCAUCACUACAGUGUUGGUUCAGUACUAUAACUGGAGAAUCAUCAUGUCCAUGUCUGGAGUCAUCUGCAUGGCCAUCGCUGUCAUUUGCCUUCUGCUGGUGAAGAAUGAGCCCAAUGAUGUUGGGCUGCCCAGCAUUGAUCCUAGAGCUAAAAUGGGCACAGGAAAGAAGGGAGUUCCUAAUGAUGAAAGCACCUUGAAAGAGUUCCUGCUGUCUCCCUACCUUUGGGUGCUGUCUGCAGGCUACCUGGUCGUGUUUGGGGUGAAGAUCACCUGCACUGAUUGGGGUCAACUCUUUCUCAUGCAGGAGAAAGGCCAGUCUGCUAUGAUGGGCAGUUCGUACAUGAGUGCACUGGAAGUUGGUGGGUUCUUUGGCAGCAUUGGAGCUGGUUAUCUGUCUGACAGGGCUGUUGCGAGGCAAGGGCUGGGUAUCUAUGGUAACCCUCGUCAUGGGCUGCUGCUGAUGAUGAUGGCAGGCAUGGCUGUGUCUAUGUACCUCUUUCGGGUCACUAUCACGCCAGAGACACCAGAGGAAGCACCACUGUGGGUUUUGGCUCUCCAUCCACUUUCAGUUCUCACUGGCGUGUCAGAGAAAGAGCUUUGGAUUUUGAUUCUUGGUGCUGCUUUUGGAUUUUCCUCGUACGGACCAAUCGCCUUGUUUGGGGUGAUUGCAAGUGAGAGUGCCCCCUCCAAUUUUUGUGGAACGUCCCAUGCCAUAGUAGCUCUGAUGGCAAAUGUUGGUGCUUUCAUUGCUGGUCUGCCAUUCAGCACCAUUGCAAAACGCUACAGCUGGGACACGGCAUUCUGGGUAGCAGAGGUCUCCUGUGCUGCAAUAACAGUUUGUUUCUUCUUUGUGCGAAACAUGCGCACUAAAAUGGGCCGUGUACCUAAAAAGAUGGACUAAUCGUCUGAAAAUGAACCUAUCAGAGUUCCCUGCAAAUGUGACAGCCAAUCAGAGACCGUCAGGACAUCUGUUCCGAAAGAAUGGCUCCAUGGUUUUAAUGUCAGUGUUACUGUUAUUUUAAUUGACACUUUUUUUAAUUUUUUUUUUUUUUUUUUACUUGCACUCAGAUCGCCUUCAGUAUCACAUUAUAUCACAUUUCUUUCAGCAGAAAUAGCAGUACAUUGACACUUCAGCUAGAGAUGGCUCAACAGUACAUCUUUCAAAAGAACAAAGCUUGUACUGUUUUAUAAAAUAGAAAUGUUUACGUACAAGGUCUGGAGAGUUGUUUAGUUUCUUAGUGUGCAAUAACUUAAAUUAUAUCACACGAAUGGUAAUGUUUCUUUAACAUGGAGGUUUUAAUUUGCGCUUGUAUUUACAUGCCACUAGUUAGGUAUGCCUCUUUGUUAUUUGUGUAACAGCUUUUCUAGAACUUACAAAUGAUUACUUACAAAUCAUUUUGCACUUUAAAAAUCUGUACCGAUGCCACUGUUACCACUUCAAGGAAUUUAAUUCUUAAAUGUGUUACCAGUUAUGACUAGUAAUUUCAUGUACUCAGCAUUAUCCUUUAUGAUGUGUAAAGGUGUGAAAAAUUUAAAUUAAAAUUGUAUUAUCCGUAUCAACAGAAUUAUUUUAAACACUGUACUUCUCCAACAGUAUAUAUAUAUAUAUAUAUAUAUGUACACAUAUAAUAUACCAAUCAGCUACAACAUUAAAACCACCUUCCUAAUAUUGUGUAUUUCCCCCUCGUGCCGCCAGAACAUGCCACAUGCCACUGAUCAGCAGUUACAGAAAUACUCAAACCAGCCCAUCUGGCACCAACAAUCAUGCCACGGUCCAAAUCACUGAGAUCACAUUUUUUCCCCAUUGUGAUGGUUGAUGUGAUCAUUAACUGAAGCUCCUGACCCGUAUCUUCGUGAUUUUAUGCAUUGCAUUGCUGCCACACGAUUGGCUGAUUAGAUAAUCACAUGGAUGAUUGUUGGUGCCAGACGGGCUGGUUUGAGUAUUUCUGUAACUGCUGAUCUCCUGGGAUUUUCACACACAACAGUCUCUAGAAUUUACUCAGAAUGGUGCCAAAAACAAAAAACAUCCAGUUAGCAGCAGUUCUGUAGAUGGAAGAUCAACAGAGAAUGUUGAUGAGAGAGAUCAACAGAGAAUGUCCAGACUGGUUUGAACUGACAAAGUCUACAGUAACUCAGAUAACCGCUCUGUACAAUUGUGGUGAGAAUCAGUAUGCUUUUCUGAGAUGUGGGUUGGCGCUGUUCUGGUGGCACGAGGGGGACCUACACAAUAUUAGGCAGGUGGUUUUAAUGUUAUGGCUGAUCGUGUAUAUAUAUUGUUCUUGCUUAAUUUAAUUUUGAGCAUACACUUUUUUUAAGAAUUUUUAUAUUUUCACAUGACUGUGGUGUUAAACUGCCAGGCACUGUGAAAUAAUAGAUUCUAGCUUCUGUAUAUUUAAACUUAAGUAGCUCAUUUAGUGCAUCCCACAGCAAAGGAUUCACAGUUAGAUGGGGAGUUUGAUUAAAACUCUCUUUCAUAUACAGUAUAUCUUAAAGAUGAACCACCAUAUUAUGUAGGCUACAACUGCAAGACCUUCUGGCUGGCAACCUGUCACCAGCAUAAAGUUGCCAAUAUUUCUUUCUUGAAUGUCUUGGAACUUCUGCAUGGGAGUCAAAUGUACAAUAAAGCAUGUAAAAGACAGAAAACUAA